UAUUAGACACAUUAGAAGAACACAAUGUCAUUCUCUAGUCUCUUUGCAUUAGUUUUGACCUUUAAUGUUUUCUUAGUAUCUGGUACUUCAAUCAAACUUCAGAAUGGUGGCUAUGAAGACAUUGUUAUCGCAAUUAAUCAAGGAUUGGGAGAGAAUGUCAAAAUUAUUGACAAUAUACAGAAUAUGAUAAAAGAGGCUUCACAGUAUUUAUUCAGUGCUACGAAGAAUCGAGUCUAUAUAAGAAGUGUCAAAAUCUUAAUUCCUAUAACUUGGCCAAACAACAACUAUGCAAAGGCAAAAACAGAAACCUAUGAUAAGGCAGAUGUGAUCAUUGCCAGCCCUCAUCUCAAGUUUGGAGAUGACCCAUAUACCCUGCAGUAUGGUAGAUGUGGAGAAGCAGGAAAAUACAUUCAUAUGACACCAGACUUCUUGCUGAAUGACAAUCUGAUUUCAAUUUAUGGACCUCGAGGGAGAGUGUUUGUGCACGAAUGGGCGCAUCUAAGAUGGGGCGUGUUUGAUGAAUACAACUAUGAAAAACCUUUUUAUAUUGCUGGAAAUAAGAAUAUAGAAGCAACAAGAUGCUCUGCUGAUAUUAUUGGCACCCACAUUAAACAACCUCAAGGACUACCCUGCAAUCGUGACCCACAAACAGGCCUUUAUGAAGAUGGCUGUGUCUUUGUACCUGAACAAAACCAGGCUGCCAAGGCAUCUAUCAUGUAUUUACAGGCACUGCCAUCUGUUACUGAAUUCUGUGACAAGAACCAUAACACUGAGGCUCCAACAUUACAGAACCGAAUCUGUAACUCACGUAGCACAUGGGACGUCAUUAUGAACUCCACUGAUAUAAAGGCCACUCCUCCACAGGCUGACUCCAAUAUCCCAGUUCCUACAUUCACGCUGCUACAGAGUUCUGAUAGAGUUGUGACUCUGGUGCUUGAUGUAUCUGGGAGUAUGGCCAGUGAUGGUCGAAUUGGACGGCUGUACCAGGCAGCAGAAGUGUUCGUUAUGCAGAUUGUUGAAGAGGGCUCUCAUGUUGGGAUCGUCUCAUUCUCAACCUCAACAACUGUCCUUUCCAAAUUGGUGCAAGUAAUCGAUGACACUCAGCGGAAUCAUUUAAAGUUUCUCCUUCCUAAAACUGCAGUUGGAGGAACAAACAUUUGUGCAGGAAUUAGGGAGGGCAUCAAGGUAAACAAUCAGCACGAUGGAUCAUCAUAUGGUACUGAGAUUGUAUUACUGACAGAUGGAGAAGAUAAUUAUAACACGUCUCUGUGCUUUCCUGAUAUAUUCAACAGUGGAAUAAUUGUUCAUUUCAUUGCUCUGGGUCCAAAUCCAAACCCGAACCUUGAAACGAUUGUUGACAUGACAGGAGGAUUACGCUUUCUAGCGACAGAUAAAGUAGAUGCUCAAGGAUUAAUUGAUGCUUUUAGCAGCCUCACAGCUGGAGAUGGGGCUACUACCCAGCAUGCAAUUCAGCUGGAGAGCUCUGGCUCAGUUGUUAACCCAAAGGAUUGCUUAACUGGCACUGUCUUUAUUGACAAGACAGUGGGGAAUGGAACGUUCUUUCUUGUCACAUGGGUAACCUUGAUACCAGCCAUCACUCUAACAGACCCAAAUGGAAAGAUAUACACAGCUAAAGAUUUUACCGCUGACACAACUUCAAAAUCUACUAGACUUGCGAUCCCCGGAACAGCUGAGAGAGGAGCUUGGCAAUACAGCCUGUGCAAUACUCACACAACAAAUCAGGCCAUAGGCAUUUUGGUGACAUCUAGAGCAGCGGAUGAAAAUGUACCUCCAAUUACAGUGAAUGCUCAUAUGAAUCAGAAUGCAAAUAACUUCCCUGAGCCAAUGGUUGUCUAUGCAUCAGUAAAUCAAGGACUAUUGCCUGUCAUAGGCGCCAAUGUAACAGCCAUUAUUGAGCCAGUAAAUGGAAAUCCAGACCCUUUAGAUCUCUUGGACAAUGGAGCAGGUGCUGAUAUUGUAAAGAAUGAUGGAAUCUACUCAAAAUAUUACACAAAUUUUCAAGGAAAUGGAAGAUACAGUUUAAAAGUGCGAGUGGAAAACAUCAAUAAUAAAGGCCGACUGGCACUUCCAAGGAGCCAAGCUCUUUAUAUCCCUGGCUAUUUAGAAAACGGGCAAAUAACAAUGAACCCAUUACGACCAGUUAUAAAUGAUGAGGACCUUAAUCUGGGAGAAUUCAGUAGAACUGCUUCGGGUGGGUCUUUCAUAGUAAAUAAUAUACCUGCAGGUCCUCAGCCAGACUUGUAUAAACCAGAGAAAGUAACGGACUUGGAGGCAAAAAUAAAUGGAAACACAAUUGUGUUGACCUGGACAGCGACAGGGGAUGACCUGGACCAAGGAAUAGUUUCAGGAUACGACUUGAGAAUGAGCACAAAUCCCAGUGACCUUAGGAUCAAUUUUGACAAUUCUAUAGCAGUCAAUACUUCCAGUCUGACACCACAGAUCGCUGGAUCCAGUGAAUCAUUUACAUUUGUUCCAGAUAAGAUUACAAUAGAAAAUGGCACCAUCCUUUAUUUUGCUCUCAUUGCUUUUGAUAAAGUUGCACAGAAAUCGGAUCUGUCAAACAUAGCACAAGCGGCUCUGCUUAUUCCUCCAACUCCUGCUACAGUUCCACCCGCAAAUGACAGUUCUGGGAGCCUGGACAUAACAUUCCUGUCACUGAUAGUUUGUUCAUCUGUGAUCAUUAUUUGUAUUAUUAUAAGCAUUACUGUGUGUGCUGUGAGAUGCUGCGACAAGAAGAAACAUAACCCAGAAAUGAAACUGUAAAUAAAAUAUCUAUUAUAGAAAAUAAAUUGUAUCAAACUUCUAUAAAGCAUUACUGCCUUUCAUUUUUAUAUUCUAAUCUUUAAACAAGUGGUACCAUGUAUUUUUAAAGGUAAUAUGAUUGUAAAGUGCCAUUCAGUG